AUGGAAAACCCCUUGCCGAUUUCAAGGCAUCCAAGUUUAGGAGUGUCUCGCAGUCUUUCUACAGACAUCUUCGUCGAUAUUUUUGAUUGGUUCUUCACACAUCCGGUAUUCGACCGCUGGCAAGGCAAAGGCGUGAAUUGGCAACUCCACUGCAUUGGUGGACCGGGCUCGGGAAAGACGACUCUGGCAGCACUAGUUGUACACCACCUCAAAGGGAAGGUCCACAGUGAGGGCAUUCCCGUCAUCUCAUUUUUUGUGCAGGAAGACGUUUAUGAGCAUGAGACGGCUUUUCUAGAAGACUUUCUCGAAAUCCUCUACCGUGAGCUUGGAGCGUAUGAAGCGUGUACCCAGGAUGAUUCGAGCGCUUUUCAUUCCGAGUACGCCUUCGCGCGGUAUAUGGAUCCGAGCGGCGGUAGAGCUAGGUACCGGAUCCAUCUUAUUAGGAAAUCUGUCUAUUCGCGUGUUUCAACCAUGAUGCAAUCAACACCUAUUUACUUGGUACUUGAUGGUAUUGAUCGAUGCAGCCCUACCUUGCGCUUUCUACUGGAGAUGGAACUCCAUGAUCUCCAGCAAAGCGGACUAAGUAUUCUGCUCACCUCACGUCUCGCAGUAUAUGAGCAACUAGAGGCAAAGUGUGAUCACCAAAAUCACAAUGGCGCAUCGGACGACGAAGAGGUGGACCUCGACGCCAGAGAAGCCCUAGACUUGUUCCUAACGUGUCGCUGCUGCGAGAAUGUCAUGUGCUUCCCGUGUUUUGAGGAAGGGAGAAUCUGUGGAGAAUGUGGCACCAACGACGAGCUACACGAACAGUAUGAUCAUGUCAAUGUCCCUAUCGGUAUACCGGACUCCCAGAUGAAGAAAUUUGUUGCCUGGGAUCUUGAGCGAGAGCAUGGAGAUCUCGGGUUGAAAAGCUCAGUGCACCAGAAACCUCCACUAUCAACCCUAGGUGUAUCGAUACUCUCAGACCAGACACCCAAUAAGGCACUGGCCCUCGUCCAAGAAAUUGUCCGUAAUGUCUACGGAAACAUUGGCUUUGCUAAAGCACGACUGGAUCUUGUUCAUGAAGCGGAAUCACUUGAAAGAGUUGAACAACGACGUGAUCAAUUGCCCGCAAACAUUAUUGCAAUCUUCGAUGCCGGUCUUAAGCAAAUCGAAGCACAGCCGGAAGAGCAGCGCGACCUAGCGUUAAAGUCGAUCGCUGGCGCGGGCCGCACAUCUAAUGGCGUACCUGUUCCAGAGCUGCAAAGAUGGCUAGGAGAAUCAGUAUCAGCGCGGAUUCGAAGCGGUGAGGAUAUCCUGCAAGCGGCCAGAGGCUUCCUAUUCUCGAAACUUCGAGACGAUCCUGCCAAGAUCUACCUCUGUCAUCCAACUUUCGUAUACUAUGUGGUAGAGAGAUACCACGAGGGUCUACACCGCGCAAAUACACAGUUGACUAUUGACGAGGCGCCCAAAAAGGGCCCAAGUCGUGAGAUUCACUUUGGGCUGACAACUGUCUCUGAAGAGCCACCCAAGAUCACACCCUUCAAGAUUUCCAGGACCAUGACUGCAAUGGAAUCCCCACAGGAGGUGCGAGCGCCACGUUUGAUGUUCCGGAAUGGCACCCGAGCCUGGAACUAA